CUGCCUUACAUAACUUCACCUAGCUGCACUCCACUUCAGCCUGCUCCUCUUCGUAAUCCAUCGGCGUCUCUUCAACCCUCUGAUCUGCAAAAGAAAGCCACCAGGACAGUUGAGACCACCUCCACUGGCACGGCCGUUUGUUCGAAAUCCGCGAGCAGUACGCUGCAGCCGAUUCAAAGAGCCCGAUCAGCCAAGAUCUAUAAAAUGGGCGGUGUUGAUGGAAACGCGAACUCCCCGGCGACGGAAACCACAGAUGUCUCGAACAAGCCGCGCCAACGACGUCGAGACGGAUACUUCUGGCAGCUCAUCGUGCUGCGCAUCCCCGUAGCCGCCUUCGGAAUCGCCCUCAUCGCAUACCUGGUGCACUAUGUGCGUACAUGGCAGGGGGCGACCCGCGUGCCAGAAGAUGAGGACCCCAACGCCACAAAGAAGGACGCCCUGGGUCAGAGCGCGCUGGCGCUGAGUAUGGCCGCCGUAUCCCUGGUAGUCGCCGUGUGGGAGACCCUCGCGUACCUCACCCCGAGACACAGACACGGACCGAAGUCUCUGAACUUUGGUCUGAUAUUCCUCGACUUGCUGGUCGUGGGCCUUGGGAUCCCCGGCUGGUAUAACUUCGCCAUGGCGGAGUACUACACGUCCCCAGACUACGAGACGCCGUGGAGAGAAUACCAGGGCCACGCCGCCACGAUGAUUAUGGCUUUCUGGAUACUGCACUGUGUCAUGUCCAUCGUGGGCUGCUCUACCUGCUGUGGCUGUUGCGGCAUCGGGUCCCACCCGGCGACGGCGAAAGCGACCGGAACGCCCGAAACUGUGCAGCCUGCGCCACAACCCGACUUGGAGGGAUAUGGCUCUUCUGAGCCUGUCCCGAAUUACAAGUCGUCCUCGGGGCUUGAGGAGGUCGAACCAGUCACAAGUCUGGACGAGCCCCCAAGCUACCCUGAGGCCACCCGUCUAGCGCCUGACGCAAAAUCUUGACCUUUUGCUGCUUUUUACGGCUCGAUUGUUUUGGUCUCGACGUAUCCUGGUCAUAGAUGAUUGAAGCGAAUCUUCUGGAUUUUGAGCCCUCAAUUGACUCAUGCAUGUGUUCAAUGGUAAAAGAACAGAUAUUAUCCUGCAACGCAGCACCGCUUCCCUCUACUGAUAAGUGAUGGUUUCGUUUCUCAUGCCCAUACAUAAGAUUUUACGAGGCACAUUCAGACAUGAUGAACGCUCACAACCCGGUAUUUGAAAAAUGAAAAAGAAAAAAUACCUGUACUUACAAAUAAUGUCUUCACAGCAGUUGUAAUGGGCCUUAAGAAUUAGAAUAGGGGGGGGUCAGCAAUUCAGUAUUAUGGUACCUACCUAGACACUUUCCAUAUGACCUGCAUGUGUUAUCUGAACCAAAAGAAAACUUGGGGGGUGGGGGCUCACCUGCAACACCGACAAAAGACAUUUCCUUCCAACAGAAAUAUGGCUUUCUGCACCUCAGUGGAAUUCCCUGCGCUCAAUCUUGUCAUUCAUUGUCAACGUCCGCGUUGCUGCCCGUACCUCCUGUUCCGUUUGAGGCCCAAAGACCCUCUGGAGUGCGUGCUCCUCGUCACUAUGUUUCUGCUUGCGGCUCCGACGCUUCUGAAGGCAGUAAGCGAUGACACUUGCCACAAAGAGCAGCAAGAAGACCACACCAAUGAUGAUUCCGGCAAUGACGGCUUUCUGAGACAUGGUGGUAAAUCUUUUGCUGUUGGUGUUAGCUAGAGGUGUUGGGUUCAGGUUGUCGAUGAUUUCCAAGUGCCAGUGCUUUGGUUGGUGAGGAGGAGCGAAAAUGGGAUGGGAAUGCCCAAGAUGCUGUGUGCUUU